ACUUUAAUCGAUAUGACCAUCGCUUUGAUGGAACUGAUUGCCGACAAUGAGACCAGAUUUAAGAUAUUGAACGACAUUUGUUUGCUAUCCGACCCGUAUAUCAUCGAACGGGUCAUAUCGAUCGCAACGACCAAAACGGGCGACAAUUAUCUGCACCAAUGGCUGAAGAGCGAGAGCGCCGGGCGGGCGCUCAUCGCCCAGACAUCGUUGCUAAUACACGCCAGCAUUGAGUCGUCUGCGGGCCCAUCGGCCCAACGAGAUCUCGAUAUACUUUGGCGGUUAAUCAGCCACUGUUUUGCCGACAACUCAUUCAAACGCGAGUACAUCGAAGAGGUGAUCGACAAGUUUCGGGUGGCCUUUCAGGACAGUUGCCGCUCGUCGUCGGCCACCGCUGACCAUCUGUUGGACUUUACGUGUCGUCUGGCGUCGCAACUGUUCACCAGUUAUGAGUUGUGCACUGAAUUGUCGUCGGCUCGCGAUCUACUGCUCACCAUAUUCUCGAUGAACUGUCGCGUCGACGACCCGAGCGGACAGCUCCGCACGGCCUGGCGUUCCGGUGUGGCUAACAUUGUCCGCUCAAACGGCGCCUAUUUGGCCGACGACGGCAUUAUCGCCCGUUUGGCCCUUGAGAUCAGGUCACGUCUUCAGACGAACAUCACUUCUAUUGAAAAUGCUGAGCUUACCUACCGGUGCGCCUUUGACCUCUUAAACACCAUUUACGAGACAAUCAACGCCUCUCUGGACACGGAUGACGACGAAGAGAAGAAAUCACUGCUUUCUGAUCCCAACACAGCACUGCUCUUGGAGUUAAUGCUAUUAACGGAUACCGAAUGGUGUGAAUUGCAUCACAAAUGUGACACAUCUGUACACCAUUACGAUUGGCUCACGAGUGACACCCUAUUCGAUCCGGCGGUGUGCGAAAUGCUGACCUCCAAGUCGUUGGACACCACUGGCCAGCAGUUUGUCUUCUCGGCCGUCGCGUCCGUUAUUCUCAUUGAAAAACUACUGGAAACUCAUUCGCAGACCGAACUCAGCGGUGAUUUAUCGCAAACAAUUGUCUCGCAAUUGAAUCAUGUAUUCAUUGCCAGCGCUUACGUGUCACUGAAGUCCAAGUCUAGUCCGAAGUCGACCUGUUUUUCGAGAUAUAGUGACAUUUUUACCGAAAGUUUGGCCAAUGUUUUACGUUUGACUAAAUCUAGUGAUUUGAGGGCAAAAGUUGGCGAUAUUUUACUGAAAAAAUCCAUUGAUGAUAAUGGACUCAAUAGACUAGCAUUCGGUCAUUAUAUCGACUCUUUUAUAGAAAAAGAUCCAGAAUUUGGAUACGAAUUUUCAUUUGAAAAUCAAAAUUACAACAAAAUCGUAACGUUUCAAAAGUAUUCGCAAAUUUUACACCAAAACUUUCUAAACGACCAUUUGGUUCAAUCGGUGAACGCUUUUGUCUGUUGCGACCGAUUUAUACAACUGGACGAUGGGAUCGGGAAACUGGCGGCCAUUCACUCGUGUCUGAAACACAUCGAACCGGCGGACGAGUUGACACACAUCACCGAAACGGUCACAACAAUUAUGGAAACGUUUUGCGGUCUUAAGGCCCAAAACUCUGGUCUCUUUUAUUACAAAAACGAUAUCACCGCCGACUCUGACCUACAGUUCUAUAGCCUUAUAAUACAGACAUUUACCGUAAUUGUGAAUAAAUUUUGUGAUAAACUGACGCAAAAUCACUGGGAUUUGAUGAUAUGUUCGGCUACUUCUUGGCUUAUGAAUAUAAUAAACCAAAAGGAAAAGCUAUCGACGAGUCUAGCGGUCAAUCUAUUCGCCGCAAAAGUGUUUAAUUUAAUCGAAGCCAUUUGUCGGGCGUUUAGCGACCGAAUUGGAACCGCUUCGGCCGAUAAGUAUCCGCCGAAUCUUGUGGUCGAAUGGAAUGAAUUUCAUUCGCAUAAUAUCUUUUUGAUGAUAAUUCCCUACUAUUUGGAAACUUGUGGCAAAGAACUCGACUUUUAUGGCGAUAUUCUGAUGAAUCACUUGUCGAAGACUGUGUCACUGUUUCCCGAUUCU